AUGGCUAAAGUAGUAAUAUUCGACAUUGGAGGCGUUUUAGCGAGUGAUGGAUACAAUGAAGUUAUUUACAGACUCUUCGGGAAUGACAUCAUUCCUGCUGAUAAAUAUUCAAAAAUUAUGAAAUCCGGAAAUGACGCUUGGAAAAUAUAUAAAUAUGGGGCAAUCAACGAGCAGCAAUUUUGGCAAUCUGUCAUUGAUCCAAACUUUUCCAUCAUCAUGGAAUACUUGGAUUGUCUACAUGGAUUUCCAAAAGAAAAUUUACACGAUGAAGCAAUUGUAAAAUCAAAUCUGAUGAAAUAUCUAUCAAAAUACUUGCGAGACCACUUAACUCUCUUCAGAAAUACACUUGAUUUAAUUGAAUCAAUUUUUGAAGACAUCUCGAAAUAUCCAACCUUGGAAGCGAUAGGUAUUUUGUCUAAUCAUUCCAAGGAAUGGUCUCACUUCAUUUAUCAUGAUUUGGAAGGAGGAGAACUCGCCAAGUUAUUCGAAAAGAAUUUAGUGAAAAAAGGUACACAUUGUGAAGACUUGAUUGUUUGGUCUUGUGAUGUCAACCAUGCAAAACCAGAAAAGGAAAUUUAUGAAAUCCUGCUCGAACGAAUCCGAAAGCAUGUAAACAGCGACAUUCAUCCAUCGCAAGUUUGCUUCAUUGAUGACAAGGACAGAAAUAUUGAGGCCGCUCAACAACUUGGAAUUACCACAAUUCAUUUCGAUGCUUCACUUCCUGAACAAUUCGAUUUUGCUAUUUUCAAGAAAAAACUUGAAGACUUUCUUCGCCAAUAA